UCGAAACCUCCUCCAGAGCCAAGCUGCAACUAUUCAGACAGCAGUCUCAGUUCCUGUUUCCGCCCGAACCCCUCAAGAUUUCUGCCCGCAGCAUCUUUGUUAAUCGAAAGAGUGUCUGCAGGGAUACAUUUCAUUUCUUGUCAUAGUGAGGAGUCAAGGUUCCCAGCCUUUAACAGAGACACACAGCGAGGCUCCCGUGCAUGCUUCCCGAUCUGCAGGAUGUACAAACAUCAGGAGACAGCGAGGAAUGGUUGAACGGUCAGCCCCUGAGUUGGGUGAGCAUCGGACUGUACCACAGCGUGCCUAGACUUGCUACCAUGCAGUAACCACUAGGCACCCACGAGCGCCCGCCUCCUCCGCCGUUGAUCGCCGAGUUCCGUGACUCCACCCCCGACCAACACCCACGCCCCUCCCCCUCAUACAGCCACACCCCUCACCAUCACGGCGGUGGAGGCGAGCAUGCGCCCGGGCGGCGCACUUUGAGCAGAGAGAGUGCGUGCACACCCGUGGCCGACGUCAUGCGGCCGUGGACGGGCUCGUGGCGCUGGAUCACCCUGGUGCUGCUGGCAUGGGGCACCCUGCUCUUCUACAUCGGCGGGCACCUGGUGCGCGACAGCGAGAGCCCAGAGCGCUCCAGCCGCGAGCUCUCCAAGAUUCUGGCCAAGCUGGAACGCCUCAAGCAGCAGAACGAGGACCUAAGGCGCAUGGCAGAGACGCUCAGGCUGCCUGAAGGCCAGGCUGAUGUUGGUGCUGGAGCUGCAGGGAGACUGCGUAGCUUGGAAGAGCAGCUGGUCAGAGCCAAGGAGCAGAUCAACUCUUACCGCAGUCUACCCGCUGAUGGCCCGGGGAGGAACCAGGAAGAGCUGCGGAGGAAGACUGAGAACGGAGUGCGGGAGUUGUGGUACUUUGUACGCAGUGAAGUGAAGAAACUGGGCCAUGUGGAGACUGGAGAGCUGCAGAAACACAUUGACAUCCUGCUACAGGACCUGGGACACCAGCAGAGGUCCAUCAUGACAGACUUGUACCAUCUUAGCCAGGCAGAUGGAGCUGGAGACUGGAGAGAGAAAGAAGCAAAGGACCUCACUGAUUUGGUGCAGAACAGGAUCACAUACCUACAGAACCCGCAGGACUGCAGCAAGGCCCAUAAGCUGGUGUGCAAUAUCAAUAAGGGCUGUGGAUAUGGCUGUCAGCUCCACCAUGUGGUCUACUGCUUCAUGAUUGCCUACGGCACCCAGCGCACGCUCAUCCUGGAGUCACAGAACUGGCGUUACGCCACAGGUGGCUGGGAAACAGUCUUCAUGCCCGUCAGUGAGACCUGCACAGACCGCACUGGAGCCUCCACUGGACACUGGUCUGGUGAGGCCAAUGAUCGGGACGUGCAAGUGAUCGAGUUGCCAAUUGUUGAUAGCCUGCAUCCCCGUCCGCCAUACCUGCCACUGGCCAUCCCUGAAGACCUGGCCGAGCGGCUGCAGCGGCUGCACGGAGACCCUUCCGUCUGGUGGGUGUCCCAGUUUGUCAAGUACCUUAUCCGCCCACAAGCCUGGCUGGAGAAGGAGAUGCGUGAGACCACCACCAAGUUGGGCUUCAGACACCCCAUCAUAGGGGUGCAUGUGCGGAGGACAGACAAGGUGGGCACAGAGGCAGCAUUCCACCCCAUAGAGGAGUACAUGCUGCAUGUAGAAGACCAGUUCCAGAGCCUGGCUCGGCGCAUGCAUGUUGACAAGAAACGCGUCUAUCUGGCCACUGACGACCCCUCACUGCUACAGGAGGCUAAGUCUAAGUACCCUGAUUAUGAAUUCAUCAGUGAUAACUCCAUCUCAUGGUCAGCCGGACUGCACAACCGUUAUACUGAAAAUUCAUUAAGAGGAGUCAUCCUAGAUAUCCACUUCCUGUCCCAGACCAACUUCCUGGUUUGCACCUUCUCCUCCCAGGUGUGCCGUGUGGCAUAUGAGAUCAUGCAGACGCUGCACCCAGACGCCUCAUCCUACUUCCACUCUCUGGAUGACAUCUACUACUUCGGGGGACAGAACGCACACAACCAGAUAGCCAUUUACCCCCACCAGCCACGCACCAACGACGAAAUCCCGCUGGAGCCCGGUGAUGUGAUCGGCGUGGCAGGCAACCACUGGGAUGGCUACUCCAAGGGCAUCAACCGCAAGAGUGGCCGCACUGGCCUCUACCCCUCCUACAAGGUGAAAGAGAAGAUAGAGAUAGUGAAGUACCCCACUUACCCAGAAGCUGACAAGCUGCUCAGUAAGCAGUAGAGACAGAGAGAGACUGUGUGGGAAUACAUUCAAUACUGAAUACUGUAAUGAAGAAAGCCUGGACCUCCUGGAUGGAAAUGCACUGUCUGUGUGUGUCUGUGUGUGCGUGUGUGUGUGCGUGUGUGUGUGUGAGAAUCAGUGGUGGCAUUAUUUACAGGGUUUGAGACUAGUUCCUAACCCUAGUAAUUGGUCCUGAAGUCCAUAUAUUAAGUGGCCAUCAGGGUUGUGGAAAUAAAGAAUGGUCUACUAAAAGACUACAAGAUCAGCUUGCCACUGCAGCUACUUCUCUAAACCUCCGGAUAAAAUGAAGAAAACUGCCUUUGAUUAUUUAAGAUCAGUUGAAAAAACAAAAACAAGACACUCCACACUGCUUUAAAAAAACAAUAUGAGAGGAAUCUUAAACCUGGACUCUGAACAUAAACUUUUCUUUCCUCCCUGUGCUGUUUUUCUCCUGUAUGAACACUGACUUCGUUCUUUACAGUAGCUUCAACCACUCCUGUCAUAUCCUCCAUGGUUCUGCACUUCAACCAUGGCAACGCCAUCACACACCCUUGCACCCUUGUGCUCUCGCCUUCAUCUGCCAUGCUGUGCUUUAAAGCAAAAAACAUGCCUUUUGGUGUUUUUUUUCUAAUUGAGACAUUACAUUUUGUGUUAUGUGUGGGUGUGGG